CUUAGAAUGGCCCAGUCGUGGCACAUCCCCUACGGUGUUCACUUUAUCUCUCUCCAGUGCGUAUCAGUGACAAGUUACCUGUGACCCUAGUAAACAUUAUUACUUGUGCGACGUAACUAGUGGAAGGUGUAUUCAGUUAAUGAUAUCCCUGAUACCUGAAGCACCUGGAUAUUAAGCAAGAGGAACAGCCUUUAUAUCCAACAAUGACGUGACAGUCGAGAUAUAAAUAACCUUUGAAGAUAAACUAUUAAAGUGGUUGGUUACUUGGGACACUAAAUCCAAAUACUCUAGUGUAUACGAGUGAAGUGUAGACCCAGAGAACGGCUGUCACGUCUGUAUUCGAUCCACACCUUCGUCUCCGUCACCGUUCUCUACCCCAUCCCAGAAGGUCACCCACCAACACACUCGUCGUCACCUCCACCACGACAAAUGACGAUAACUCAAAGUGAGGUGUGUGACAAGAACUCAGGGCAUCGGUAGCUAUGUUGGUGUGCUCGUGGCCCUGGGCAUAAGGUGUGGUGGUGGUGGCCAGGUGGGUGGUGGGGGAGUGAGCGGACGGACCUACAACUAUCCAACAUGUUCCAACAGUUUCUCUAUCAUCACCUGAACGCCGUGUCCCCCUCAGCGCUGCUCUUCCCGGCGGUGAACCCCCGGCGGCGGUUCCUCAUCCACAAGACCGUGGAGGAGAACUUCCCCGAUCUGGCCACCGUCAGCGUCGGCCAGGACGAGCAGAGGCGCACCGCCGUCACCUACAGGAAUAUCCAGGAAGCCACCACCCCUCCCAAGCCCUCGCCUGCCACCACGCCACGCCAGCAGCAGCAGCGGGGUAAGCAGCAACAGCCACAGCACCGAAACAAACAAAACUGUGAGAGGCAAGCAAGUCAGGAGGAGAGUCUGCCAAAGACUGCUGAAACACACAGCAACAAGACACUUAGGGACGACAAAAAGCCGCAACAGUGUUCACAACAGAGACGAGGCUCAACUGAUCAGAAACAGAAAGGACCUCGGCAACCAGUAGAGCAGCGGCAGCGACAACAACAGCAGGAAGGACAACAGAAACACCCAACAGAGCCCAAGCAACAGCAGAGACAGCAACAACAACAACAACAGAAUCAUCGGCGGGCGUCAGUAGGAUCUCAGCAACAAACAGAACAGCAAACAGAACGACGACAGCAGCAACAAACCCGUCAAGUGCGGCGGAGGAACAACCGCAGCCGGAGCAGUAGUAGCCAGUCGGUGACGGGAGGCGGCAGAGGACACCAGCCCCAGAAAGUUGUUAACGAGGGCGGCAAGAAUGACGACCACGUGAAGGAGAACACAGAAGAAACACAAAGCAAGAAGAGAAGAAACAGAAGAAACAAACGAGGUAAAGACAAGACCGAACAACAACAGGGCAAAAACACAACGAAUAAUGGUCAGGCUGAGGACUGUGAUAAGGAAGACAAUAACGCAGAACAAGGAAGUGAUUCAGUGUUAAAUCGAGGAUGUACUAAAGGCAGACACCAUGUGUACGAGAGUGGCGUCAAACCCACAACAGUGAAACAGAACGACGGUGAUAGUGAGUGGAGUGGUGGUGGUGGUAUUGGUGUUGGUGUGAAUUGUAAUGGAAGUGACGGUGGUAUACGGAAAAAGUUAAAAUCGUUCGGUGAAUCAAACAACUGGAAGAACAGUCGAGACUCUUGGAAUACCAGUGAAGAAUACGACUCAAGAUUGUCUCCUGUAUCAUCAAGGAAAGAAAACAGCAGACAUAAUCAGUCGUGGUCAUCAAACAGCCCUUCAGGCAGGGGCAACCCAGAGAGGAUGCCAGUAACCAUGCCUCCAGAGCACUACACUGACAAUAAUCGUCGUCGAGGUAAAGCAUCUGCCCAGAUCUACAGACCUCCACCAGCACGCAGCACAAAAGAAGACACCAAUUCCUGUCAACCUCAGCAGCCUCAACAGUGUCCUCAUUAUCAACACCAAGAGUCUAAUCAACAGAAACAGCAACAAUUUUAUCAGCAACACUAUAAUUCUUAUCAACAAGAUUCCCAUCAAGAUCAGUACCCACAAGAGAACCAUUAUCAGCAACAACCAAAUCAUCACCCAUACCAAGUACCCUCCAGUAGACAAAGAACAGAUAGUGAGAGCAGUAAUAUGACUACAAGUGGGGAUUAUCAAAACAAAGGAAGAGGUCGACGACCUGACCAAGUAUUGUAUGUACCUCGAGGGAGACGCAAUGUCCUUCCUGACUGCAGCUCAGCACGGGGUACACCCACGCCCAUGCAUGAUUAUGAACAUAUUCCUAGACCUCCAUCUCCAACAUACUCUGUAUGUUCUGUGGCCUCAGAAUUCAGUGGAAGAAACAGAUAUAAUAACAAACAGGGAAGCCAUCAAGGUAGUCAGUUAUCAGUGUAUGAGGGUGAAACAGAUAAAGUAAAAGGAAAACCUCCUAUAUCAAAGGGAGACUUCAGUAGAGAGUCAACUCCUGGGUAUGGCAGAAACAAAGGUGGAGGAGGAGGAAGAUUUAAUUCUCAAACCCUUCAGUUAAUUGAGCGCUGUCUAAAUCAGGACUCGGAAACAAGACAUAGUGAACAUUCUCAUUGGGAAAAUGAUUCCAUUAAUAGUUCUCCAUCCCCCAAAAACAACAAAUCAGUUGGUGUUAGUGGUGGAGGGGUUCAGAAGAGCCCCACUCCAACUCGAGAUAUUCACAGUGUGCACAGUAAGGAGAAUGUUAUUCAUCCAGUGGAGUCUAGUCAGCGGUCAAGAAGGAGCAGAAGAAAUCGUAGGAGACAUUCCCGUAGUAGAGAACCUAGUGCUGACCAAAAUAAUGAUGCAGGUAAAAAUAUGGGCACAAAAGGCUCUGUUUGCCAUACCUCAAACAACAGGGAUCAGUACAAUAAUGGUCUGGGAGAUAGAGGCUUUGGUAGUUGUGAGAGAGUCUUUUACAAUAGCAACUACAACACAAGUCAUGAACGUUAUGAUCGGGGUUAUGACAACUACGAUCGCUACUGUAGUAUUAAUAAUAGUCGUACUAGUAGCCGUAAUUCUAGCCGAGAACGAACACCUCAACAGAGCCCCAGUCACAGCUGGAGAGGAGGCUCAAAUCCAGCAAGUCCUGCCAAAGGAAAUGUAUAUUAUCAUACUGGGACUAGAAAUUCACCAGGUAAACCUCCCUCUGGAAGACUUGGGUCUCUACCUAAUGUUGCAUUUGAAUUUGGAGAUGGUACAAGGAGAGCAGCACUCCAAGCUAGUGAGGAAAAUGUGAGGUGGCAUACAUUACCUGUUAAACACCACAAAAGUCCAAGUGGGGGUUCUCGUUCAUACUCUGUUGAAAAUUCAAAAACUGAAGAAAAUAGAAGUAGUUGUAGUAUAUCUGACAGAGUAGAUCAGAUUACAUUAAAUGGAAUGAAUCAAAAUAUCUGUGAUGAGAUGGAUCAGGAAGUGUCCUAUAAUAGGAGUCAAGAUACUCUUGACAACUGUGGAAAGGAUAACCAUAGGAAUAGUGACAAUUUAUCCCCCUGUGACAUUGAGAGUCCACCUCUGAAUGAUGUAACAACCAGAUUAGAAGAAACUUCACUAAAUAUUGAAAGUGAUCCUAAAGGAAGUUUGAUUGAUAGCUCUUUUAAUAAUUCUGUCUGCUCCGAUCAGUCUGUUGAAUCGUCAAAUUGCAUAGAAAAAGAUACAAAAUGCAAACAGAAUUGCAGUGUCUUGAACAAUCAACAAAGUGAUAACCAAUAUGAGGCCUCAGAUGUCCCAAGUGGAAUGAUUUCAGAAGAAGAAGUUUUCUAUGAGGCUGGGACUGAGGUAACUGUCACAGAAUCAAGAGAGGAAUCAGCGGAGGAAAUGACAUCAUCAGAUAAUGAUGUGAAAGAAGGCAAAAUACAAAUCAAAGAACAGGUCACUGAAGAAAAAGAAGAGAAGAAGAACUUGAAAAAGUUUUCCUUUAACUGGGCUGAUGAGGUUGAAGAUUCUUGGGACAACCUUUAUGAUGACACUGGUGAAUGUCUUGCUCCUGAUAUCAAACGUCAGCUUUCUGAUUCCAUUGGAGAUGUCAAGCUAGAGAAACCAGCCAAUGAUUACUAUACAUAUCAACCAAAAGAGCCACAAAUAAACGAGGAAGAGUAUGCUCACGUUAUAGAAAUCUAUGACUUUCCUGUAUCUUUCAAGACUCAAGAUUUAAUGAUGGUUUUCAACUCAUUUCAAAACACCGGGUUUGAUAUUAAAUGGGUAGAUGAUACCCAUGCACUAGGAAUAUUUGCCACAGGACUCAUUGCUGCUGAAGCUCUCAGCAUUGACCAUCCAUUUUUGAAGACUCGUUCAUUAGCUUUAGCCACCAAGACAUCUAAGGCUAAGGCUACGCGGAUCACAGAGGCCCUUUUGCCAUACAAGCCACGCCCUGCAACCUCAGCAUCCCUGGCUCGUAGAUUAGUAUCAGGAGCUCUUGGUUUAAAAGUGAAUAUCUCCCGAGAGGUUCGUGAAGCAGAGAAACAGAAACUCAAGGAUGCCAAAGCCCGCAAGAAGUUGGCAGCCAAGCAGCGUUUGGAUGCAUGGGAAGGGAAUCUGACGUGACGUAAUGGAUAUCUCGAUUCGGUCAUGUGAUACGGGACAUUGCCAGUAUAUUAUAUGAAGAGGAUUCUGAGAUACUUUACUAUGGCUUCCCCUUAAGGUGUAAAGUAAUUCAAUAUUCAUAACUUAGGAGUACUGUGCAGUAUGUGUAUUGGUGUACAGUAUUGUACAUAGAAAUGCCUUUAUCAAUUUAAAUUUCUAGUAUAACUACAGUACAGAACUGGAAAAAUAUUUUUAAAUUGAAAAUCUAAACACAGGAUGUCUGGAUAUUAGACUAAAUUUGCUGUAAAAAAAACUUAUAUGUUUCACCUUUGUAUCUGUAGAGUGAUGUUUGAAUACUUUUAAUCACAUUCAUGGAUGAGAAGUGAAAACAGGGAGGGGCUCCAUAGGAUAAUAAGAACGAAGUUCGUCCAUACCCUCAGUGCAUUACUAACAAAUAUUUUCUUGCAAUGAAUGUAUGCAUGUACAGUAUGUGUAAGGUAAAAUAAUCCACCCUGCUGCAAUGCGGGUAGAGGCCAAUAGGAUAUAGGUUGGAGAAAUAAGGUCAAAUCCUACGGUGAAGUAAAGUCCAUGACAGCACAUCACUCACUCACUGUACUGGUGUUAUUAGGACUUGGAUCUUAGGAACAUAGGGGUUGUCAUUAUAAGGGCCCCAAUUGUAUUCAAGUCCCUAAAAAUAGUAUUGUGAAUCACACUAUACUAGGAUCAUCAUGAUAACUUUUCACCUACCAGCCAGAAUGAGAUGAUGGCCAGCUAACUACCUCAGUAGCCUGAGACGGACUUGAACCGCAAAGUAUGUACCUGCUACCUCAGCGCUCCACUGAUAAGUCCAAUACUGAUUACAUAGAGCAAGUGCCUGAGGUAUGACUUCCAACAACCCUACUAUGAUGUGUUAGGUCUGUUGUUUCAUCACUUUUCAUAACGUUUUCAAAGAAAACUAGAAAAUAUAUAAAUACAGUAUAUAUAUACAGUAUAUAUAUAUAUAUUAUGUCUUUUAUGGCAUUUAUUGUUUUACUAUUUGUAUAAUGUUCAUGGAUUCAUUUAAGUUGCCAAUAUUGUGUAAAAAGUUUAAUGCAUGACCAAACUUACUAGCGUGUUUGAAUGUCAUAGUAAAUUGAAAAUUGAUAGAAAUCUUCAUAAAGCAAUUAUUUUACUAUUAGUAUAUACAGUAUAGGUGAAUCAUGUAUUUUGGUAUGAAAUAUAAUAGAGGGUUUGAUGUUUAGUGUCAGUAAAUUGAUAUUAUUCAUAACAAUAAACAAAUAUUGUACUUUGCAUAAUUUCAUGCUAUGCAUGUAUUAAUUAUAUUAUACUAAAUUACAGUUUGAGAUAAAUUGAAUACUGGUGGUCCUUUGCAAUUGAAUUAUAAUUUAUUAUUUAUUUAUUUACGGUUCCAAAAUAAUUUAUUUAGUAUUCCAAAGUGUUUAAAGCAACACUAAUAGUCAUAUAGCUACAAUUCCUUUUGGGGCAUUAUAAAGUUUUAGUUCUUGGUGAAACUUGGUGGAUUGCUUAUUUGUAAGUCAAGAAUACCACAAACCUAGGCAUAUUUCUUGUGCUUAAGUAAUUGAUAAAAGUGAUGACAGUGUGCAUGACUAGCUUCAUUUAGUUGACCACUUAUGUAAAAUUUGGAUAUAGCAUAUUACCUGUUUUAACAGAUGUGAUGUCAUCAACAUUUGGAACUAACAUGUGAUGUCAUAUUCAUAUAAGGAGGGGAAUAGUGGAAACAUAGUGCAAUAUACUGUGAGACUUUAAUUCACAGUUUGUCUUGUAUAAUAACUGCUUGACUAUGAUUGAAACAGUUUUGUAUGACAUGGUAGUUUGACAAGCUGUUGCUGCUUAAAGGGUAUUUUUGCAAUCAUCAAUAUAAAAUUAUUCUGUAUUGAAUAUGCAGAAUUUUGAUUGAAGUUACAAUAGUUUGUGAAUAGCCACAUUUUAGUUUGGCAGUUUUUAGUCAUUAAUAAGAUGAAAUAGAUCUAUUUCUCCAACAGAUGCGGAGCUUUUUUCUCCCCAUACUGUUAUCAGUCAGUAAUGUGAAUGAUGUGAAUUUAGUAAUAUAUAUUUUUGUACAUCUUUCACAUACUCUUUUUCUCCCAGAAACUUGUCAAUAAAUAUUUGAUUCGUUUGA